AUGGCCUAAACUCUAACGAACAUAAUGUAUCACAGACUGAGUCUUCGAUGAAUUCAGGCUUGGAGAGAGGGAAUUUGGAGACGCCAUCUUGAAAUAAUAAUUCCCACCUGAUUGUCUCUAAAGAUGUUUCAAUAAAUACGCAUGCAGCCUGUCUUUCCAACGCUGGCAUUUAUGACAUUAAUAUGCUAUUUCCAGCAGCAGGCGCAGAGCCAGGCCGAACCAAAUAGAACAAGGGGGAGCCGCAGGAUUAUACCAACUUAUCAACAAAUUUAGGGCAUGGAAACCCGGUAGGUCAGUGCUAAAAUUAGGGGCUGGUGUUUCAACGACAGCAGUCAAACUGCCGUGCAUAAAGUCAUGUAAAACCAGGGGAUACACUAUCACAAGGGCUGGCAGUAAAGACAAGGUUUCCAUGGGUGACAUUUAACGCCACACGUUGACUGAAGAGGCACUGUGCGUUACGCAGCGACAGCGCUGGAUCAUCACUGACCACAGCUGCGCAAAUCAUGAGUAUUUGGUAGCUCUUUAGAGACGCCAUAUGUAGUCUUCGGCUCCUUUGAGUUUUUACGUCUGUAAAAAUAAUUUUAAAAAAUGUCUUUUUUGACCAUACCAAGCCAAGAGGGUCUUUUUAAAACGAUAAAAACAGGCAAAUUAGGCGAGGACGCAGAUAGUAGGUCACCAAUGGACGCCGAAGAUAACCAGAAUGAUGACGAUGAUGAUGAUGACACCGAGGACGUUCGCUUCAUCCCAAGAUGCUCCCCGGUGCCCAGAAAGCGAGGUGCGUCAAUUUUCGAUGAGACCGCUGAGUAUAUGCGGAUCCACUUGGCGUUGUCCGCCGGGAAGAGAGUGUCAUUUGCCGACACAACAGGUGGGGAUUUGGUGGAUGUGAAGGAAUUUGUUGCCUUUGAUUCGGACGAUGAAGACUCUAUUGCAAAGUGGGACGAAGAGGAGGCAAAGUAUCGGAAGCCUGAGCUAGAGCCGAUCUAUCAUGUGCUCCCAGAGUUUCAUGCACCCACCGGUAAUGCUCUGCUGCAGGCUGUGCGCACCAAUAAAGUGGAGGUUGAGCAGAUGUCUCCAGCUGAGAACGAUCCUCUCGCCUUCACAGGGGUAAUACGAGUGCUGAACAUUUCCUUCCACAAAGCAGUUUAUGUCAGAUCGACAAUGGACAAUUGGGCCACUUACUUUGAUCACCCAGCAGAGUAUGUCCCGGGAUCUCACGAUGGAGAAACUGACAAGUUCUCCUUCAAGCUGUCUUUUGCGCCACCUUAUACCACACAUGGCUCUCGCAUUGAGUUCGUUGUACGCUAUGAAACCUCUGAUGGUGAUUACUGGGCUAAUAACUCCUCUAUGAACUAUGUGGUGACUCUGCUCCUGACCUAUGAAGAUGAUUCAGCUCAUACAAACAUCAACACACAGGAAAUGAAAAGUAUCCUGAAACCUCCAAAAGCUUACAGUAUGAACAAUGAUUCAGAGGAUGAACUGGAAAAGGAAGAAGAAGAAGCAGGGACCUCUGAGGCUCGUCCGGGACUUUUGCGGCCUACGCCUGUGUGUCCCGUCAUUGUAAAGCCGGAGAUUGAUGUAGAGCAGAUCGCAGCUCACCCGUCUGGUCCCUUUGUCCCACCCAACCAAGAGCUUCCAUCUGAUGAUGGCACGCUGUCCACUCACACUGUAUUCCCAGGUGAACAGUUUCCUUCUAUGUCUUCCCAAACCACACAUCAAACUAAUUCAUCCUUUGUACUCUGUGCCAGCGAAUCAGUCCAGCCAAAUAAGUCACAGCCUUUACCCAGACUCCACUGUGAAUUAGGCAACCAGACGUCUGAGGAGCGCGUAGACAGUAGUCCCUCUACGCCGCCGCCUGCCUCACAUCCUUUUCUGCAACGAGACUCCAAACCCAGAUCAGACAUCUCCCAGACUGGCAGAGAGGAAAUCCCUUUAGAAGCAUCUUGCAUGUGUCUUCCUGCCACAGAGACAACAACAGGAGAGGAUGGAGCUGGAGAAAAACCAGCCAGUCAUCCUUGCCUUGAACUGCCUGCUGAGCGUGCCUGUACUCCCAGUGUGACACAGGGCUUUGAGCGAGACGUUGCUGUGGGAAUGAGCGAACCUGUUGAAGGAUUAUCAGAAAGUUCCAGCAGGUCUGCAGCAAAUCAUGAAGCCAGUACGCUUGCACUUUUGUCUCCCGUGGCUGAGACUCAGACAUCUCUGAAAGCAGAAGGUGAAGCUCUACCAUCACCCGAGCUUCCAGAGAACACCUCAGUGAGUACAGGUGUCACUGAGGUGAGUGAAAACGUAACUCAGUCUGUCUCAGCCUUGGAAGAGAAGGAAGAAGCUGCAGAUAUUUCCCCCGAUACGUCAUUAGAGAAUGAACCAAGCACAGCGUCAGAGUUUUCCGAGCCCCAGUCUGAGCAUAACAGAAACAGGAAUCUUCUGCCAUCUGUCAUAUUUCUGAGUGGAGUUGUCUCCCUCUCGAUAGUGUUGCAGGAACCCACUGCCCUCUUCCUAAUUGGACUAAUUUUCGUUUUGUGCCGUUUGUGAUUUUGCCCCAAAUAUUCUGUCAAGCUAAGUGCCUUUUCAUGGUUUUAAAAUAAGCCAUCAAGCUAAGCAACAUGCACACAAAGUCCUCUUGAAGUCAUGCUUAUUUUAUGCAAAGUCAAAUAGAAGGAGAAAGUAAUUAUGGCGAUAUUUUCGUACACAUUGUGUUUUCUAUAGAUAUAAUAAUAAUCACCCCAUUUGUACAACAUUGUGAACCUAGUAUUAAAGCACAGUGUAGUAUUAGAGCUGUUUUGUAAGUGAUCACUAAUCACUAACCUUUUCUUGUCAUGUGGAGAGUCUCUGUGGUGUUAUGUUCUAGUUUAUUUAGUCACUAUCACAAUGCACUUUCACUGUUGUCAAUGUAGCAAAGCCUGUUGUUUAAGGACUUUGACUUUUGUGAAUUUCAAGUCGUUAUCGCUUCAAAAACGAAACAAAAGAACAACACAAAGAUUACCCUAGUGGUAAAUAUAAGAGACUUACUAUAAAAAUGUGAUUUUGUUUACAAAAUGCAAAAGAAAAACAUGGUCAUGUGUGUGUGUUUUUGCCUUAAUACUUAGUGAAAACAAGACGGAAAUGGUAGCCGCUUGAGCGACAGCAAAACAAGUGGAAAACUGUUCACCUCACCGUGGCACUUUUCAUUUCACAGGUCUUCCUUCUUGCUCGUAAAUGCAUAUUAUUCUUGUUGUAGCGCAGCACUCAGCUCGUAACAUAAUAGACAAUCUCACAGACAGACGGAGGCACUGAUUGAUACGUUUGGAGUGGUGAAAGUUUUUGCAGUGUAUUGCCAUUAAACAUGGUCUCAUA